UCACGGUGUGACACCAGGCGGAAGCGAACGACGAAAACAAACCAGCGGCGUCAGCUUGACUGAUGUGUGGACUGAGGUGGAAGACGGUUGUGUUGUCGUUUCUCAGAUCAAUAUUUCAGCAGCUGCAGUUAGAAUGUCUUCGGCUGAGUUUAUUAUCGAGCAGGAAACAGACGAAGAAGAAAAACUCGGAGUCUCCGAACAAACCGCCGUCCAGGACGAGGACCGUCAGUGCAGACAGCUGGAUAACAUCUGGGAACCACAGAUACCGUUACACACAACGGAUGACCCACAGCACAUCUGUAAGGAGGAGGAGGAGUUUCUCUCUGACCAGCAGCCCUGUAACCAGCAGAGGAAUGGUCUGGACCAGGAGCACCCAGAGUCUCCACAGAUUAAAGAGGAACAGGAGAAUUUCUGCACCUAUUUGAACCAGAACUAUCCACACUCUCUACAAAUUAAGGCAGAACCAGAGGACCCCGAGCCUCCUGAGAUUAAAAAGGAGCAAGAGGAAUGCUGCAUAAAUCUGGACCAGAAGGAAUCAGAGACUCCCAAGACCAAAAAGGAACAGGUGGAACUCUGCACCAGUCUGGACCAGGAGGACCUGAAGCCUUUGCAGAUUAAAGAGGAACAGGAUGAUUUCUGCUCUAGUCAAGAGGAAGAACAGCUUGCACUUAAGCAGGAGAUAAACAUCUGUAUUGUGACUUCUGAUUAUGAGGAAAGUGAUCAUAGUGAACCAGAACCAAACCAUGACGAGCCCCUCUUUCACAACUCUCCUGUGGCUCAAAGUCCAGAUCAGGAAGGAAACAAGGUUGUAGAAUCAGAAUUAAGUAGAAGUUCACAACUCAAAACAAAGAAAAGAUAUCGUCGAAAUAGAAUUCACAGUGUGGACAACUCUUCCAUGUCAGAGUCUCAAUGUGAUACUCACGCAGGGAAAAUGUCUUUAAAAUGUGAUGUUUGUGAAAAAAGUUUUCCUUAUAAAUCCAAACUACUUAUACAUCAGAGGAGUCACACAGGUGAGAAACCAUAUGCCUGCAACAUGUGUGAGAAAAGAUUUAUAAACAUUGCAAAUUUGAAAAGGCAUGUGAUGAUUCACACGGGUGAAAAGCGGUAUUCGUGCAAUACAUGUGGGAAAAGAUUUAGUCAGAUAGAUGUAUUUAACAUUCACAUGAGAACGCACACAGGUGAAAAACCAUAUUCAUGCAACACCUGUGAGAAAAGAUUUAAUGGCAUCGGUAAUUUGAAAAGACAUAUGAUGAUCCACACAGGUGAGAAGCCGUAUGCCUGCAGCACAUGUGGGAAAAGAUUUCUCUGCACAUCAAAGUUAAAAGCACACCUGAUGAUUCACACAGGUGAGAAGCCAUAUGUUUGCAACACCUGUGGGACAAAAUUUACUGAGCGGUCAACCUUGAAUGGUCAUUUGAAAAUCCAUACAGGUGAGAAGCCGUAUUCUUGUCGCACCUGUGGGAAAAGAUUCAGUCGAAUGACGAACCUAAGAAGGCACCAAGGAGUUCAUACAGAUUGAAAUUUUUAUAUAGUAAGACAGAGCUUUCUGACUUUGUGAGCCCACACUGUGGGAAACCAAAUCACUACACUACAUGACAACAAAAUAUGGAAAAUAUAUCCUUUUUCUCCUGAACAGCAAAGAGCCCUCAGCUUUGUGUUUUACAUGUAGUCAGCUUAUUGUCUGUGUGGAUUAUCAUUCAUCCAGGUCUUGGUAAUCCUAGGAGCUUCAGUUAAAAAAAAACAAAAAAAAAACAAAACAAAAAGAACUUGACUUCAUCCUCAGCUGUUUGCUAAUGGGAGGGAAACCCGUGGAUUUUCAAUUGAAUCCACAUGUUUCAAUAAACAAAGGCAAAACAAAAAAGCACCACUUGGAGAUGACUUCUUUUGGUUCAUAUUGCUGUCAAAAUAACAGACUCUGGUUCAAACAUUGUAAUAAGAAUAUUCUUGGAAACCUGGAAAUUCUGUGAGCUGAGCAGUAAAAUUCCUUGAAAAGACA